AUGGUGAUGAUGGAAGUUCUGGCCCCAGCCCAGCCUCAAGGUCACAGCCUGUCUGUACUCCCCCCCCAGAUCACCUCGACCCUGGAAGGAGCAACAGCCAACUUCGGGAAAGGAUUUGGGCAGAAAUCAGGCUACGUCUUGUGCAUCACCUCCACUGCAGCCAGUGAAACCUCCCCAGGCGAUGUGGUAGCCGAUGUACAGAUCCUGAGCGAAAAAACACCUCUGCCUACAGGAUAUGUUUACAUUAAGGAGUUCUUAGAACCGAAAACAUCCAUUUCCAAGAAGAAACGAAUUUGUGUGAAGCUUGUCCCAUUAGGUGUGGCAGAACUAGUUGUUUUUGACAUUAUGCUGAGUGGCAAGAGUAAAGUGGUUCCAUGCUAUAUGAAGAUAGGGGAAAUUAGCAGCUUUGCGGUUUGGUGUAAAAAGGGGCACCUUCUGAAACCCAAACCCCUUCCAAAACUGAGGAACAUCAGUCCAGCAAUGAAGGGGCUUUCCCUGGAGCCAACAGACCAGGAUAACAAAAAGACAGAAUUUUCAUCAGAAAAGUCUUUGACUAGAAUUGGCUCAAAACAUGUAUCCCUCAAACGAGAUGAUUCCAUUUAUGAUACAUCUAACCUCUAUGGCAUUUCAGCCAUGGACGGGGUACCUUUCGCACUACACCCCAAAUUUGAAAGCAGCAUCGCUAGUGGGACUAACGCCUUUUCCAUCUUCACGGACUUGAACAUUAAGUCUCUUGCUGACAUUGAGAAGGAGUAUGACUAUGCCUUUGUAGUUGAAAGGACUGCGGCUGCCAGGCUCCCACCCAGCAUCUGUUAGCAUCGAGCAGCAGAGAGUGCUACUAAAGCACAGGGCACAUGUCCCUUGUAGUAGGCAGACUGUAACUAUCUGCUAGAUCAUUCCAUUGAGGCUGUCUGUUGCCACAGGUGCAUAAACGGCACAACCAGAUAUGAUGGACUCAAUUCUCUAAAGGACUGAAUGAACUCUGCUUCUGCCUUCUAAUUUUGUAAUAUUUAAACCUGUAAUCCACUUGGUGCUAUCAACUUUUGAUAGAUUAUAUUCACAAGCAAAGUCAAGGGUUAUGUCUACACUGCAGUAAAAGACCCAGGCAUGACCACAGCUGGCUUGGGUUGGUGCACUGGACCUUGGGCUCUGAGACCUUCCACCCCCAAGUCAUGAAGUUGCAGAGCCAGGGCUCCAGUCCAAUCCCAAACAUCAACACUGCAAUUUUUAAACCUGCAGCCAGUCAGCUGACCCUGGGUCCAAAAGUCACUGCGGUGUCUAGUAUUCCACUGUCACCUGCAUUGAGCUCUCCAUGGAAGCUAAGAUUUAUUUUGGGGUGGGGGCAUACUGAUGUUAUAUGGUGAACAUGGUCUCUUAACCAAUCAAUCAUCUUGCACAAGCCUUAGGGGGUUUACCAUAGGUUUUACUUUUGUGUAGCAGACAGCAAGACACUAAUAUUUUGUUCAGUCAGAUUAAUGAACAUUGGGUAGUGAACAUUUCUUAACUCUUUUAUUCUGGAUGUUGCCCUUG